AGAUUCUUACUACUCUUUCGUCAGGAAUUCGUUCCCUUAGGUAUAACGACCUCUCUUCAGUUCUUGAAUUUAAUCUUCUGUCUCUUCUUUAAUGUCUUUACUUGAAUUUUAACUGUAUAACCAUUCCUCUUCACAUGGCCGCUACAAACGUUCUUCUCCUAUAUAUAUAUAGUUAGGAUUCACCAUUGAUCAUCUCUGUACAACUUCAAGAUCCUUCGACAGUGGAACAUGAGUGAAUCCAAGCCCUCAAAAUUUCACAUUCUCAUGUUUCCAUGGUUUGCUAUUGGUCACAUCACUCCAUUUCUUCAUCUGUCCAACAAGCUUGCUGAAAAGGGCCACACUAUCACUUUCUUGCUGCCGGCAAAAGUUCAAAAAGACCUUCAACAUUCGAAUCUCCACCCUAAUUUUAUCACCCUCCAUCCCCUUACAAUUCCUCACGUCGAUGGCCUCCCUCCCGGCGCCGCUACGGCUUCGGAUAUAUCCCUCUCUUUACACCAUCUCCUCGUUAUUGCGAUGGACGGGACUCGUGAUCAGGUCGAACUUGUGAUCAAACAAACAAAACCGAGGCUGGUUUUUUACGAUUUUUCUUAUUGGAUUCCGGAAAUAACAAAACCACUUGGGAUUAAAACGAUUUUUUACAGUGUCGUUAGUGCUGCAUCUAUCGCCAUUGCUCUUGUUCCUGCGCGGAAUGUGCAGAAGGACAAGCCGAUUACAGAAGAUGAAUUACAAGUGCCACCCAUAGGCUACCCAUCAUCAACUGUGGUGUUGCGUCGACACGAAGCGAGGGCGCUUUCCUUCAUUUCUUUUCCAUUUGGGGAAGGCGUAUCGUUCUACAUAAGAGUCACUACUUCCAUGAAAGAAUGCGACGUGAUUUCGAUGAGAACAUGCCGUGAAACUGAGGGAAACUUUUGUGAUUACAUUGCAAGUCAGUAUAACAAGCCGGUUUUUUUAACGGGUCCUGUAUUAAUUGAGCCGACCAAGACUCCACUGGAGGACAGAUGGGUUCAAUGGCUUGGUGGGUUUCAACCUGGUUCUGUGGUGUAUUGUGCAUUUGGGAGCCAAUACAACCCGAAAAAGGAGCAGUUUCAGGAGCUUUUAAUGGGGUUUGAGUUAACAGGUUUACCAUUUCUCAUAGCUUCAAGGCCACCAAUCGGUGCACCGACAGUUGAAGAAGCGUUUCCAGAGGGAUUUGACGAGAGAACCAAGGGGAGAGGAGUGAUUUGGGGGGGCUGGAUUCAACAGCCAAUGAUCCUGGCUCAUCCAUCAGUGGGAUGUUUUGUGAAUCACUGUGGAUUCGGGUCCAUGUGGGAGUCAUUGAUGAGUGAUUGUCAGAUAGUUUUGGUGCCGCAGUUGGGUGACCAAAUCCUGAACUCAAGAAUAAUGGCGGAAGAGUUGAAGGUUGGUGUGGAAGUUGAGAGAGAAGAGAAUGGUUGGUUCUCAAAAGAGAAUUUGUGCAAGGCCAUUAAGAGUGUGAUGGAGGAAGAAAGUGAAGUGGGUAAUUUGGUGAGAAAGAACCAUGCAAAGUGGAAGGAUUUAUUGGUGAAUCCACUGUUCGCGAAUGCUUACAUUGACAAGUUUAUCAAAGAUAUACAAGAGCUUGUUGGUAAGUGACCAACAUUCCAUUUGUUGAAAACAAUAGUGUAAAUUAUAAGAUAUUGUUUGCUUCAUUGCUAGAUUAAUAUCGAUUUUAUUUUGAAGCUUUUUACAAGAACCCAAAA